AUGAACUUCCAAGUGUCACAGAAUAAUAACCUGUUGUAUAGUGUUAACACUCGCAGCCAAUCGCACGUCCUCCCCACUGGACACCGGUUUUCAAUUCCCGUGUCCACCCUACCAGUCUCCCGUGUCCACCCUACCAGUUUCCCGUGUCCACCACCCUACCAGUUUCCCGUGUCCUCCACCCUACCAGUUUCCCGUGUCCUCCACCCUACCAGUUUCCUGUGUCCACCCUACCAGUUUCCCGUGUCCACCCUACCAGUUUCCUGUGUCCACCCUACCAGUCUCCUGUGUCCACCCUACCAGUUUCCCGUGUCCUCCACCCUACCAGUUUCCCGUGUCCACCCUACCAGUUUCCUGUGUCCACCCUACCAGUUUCCCGUGUCCACCCUACCAGUUUCCUGUGUCCACCCUACCAGUCUCCUGUGUCCACCCUACCAGUUUCCCGUGUCCUCCACCCUACCAGUUUCCCGUGUCCACCCUACCAGUUUCCCGUGUCCACCCUACCAGUUUCCCGUGUCCACCCUACCAGUCUCCCGUGUCCACCCUACCAGUCUCCCGUGUCCACCCUACCAGUCUCCCGUGUCCACCCUACCAGUUUCCCGUGUCCUCCACCCUACCAGUUUCCCGUGUCCUCCACCCUACCAGUUUCCCGUGUCCUCCACCCUACCAGUUUCCCGUGUCCUCCACCCUACCAGUUUCCCGUGUCCUCCACCCUACCAGUUUCCCGUGUCCUCCACCCUACCAGUUUCCCGUGUCCUCCACCCUACCAGUUUCCCGUGUCCUCCACCCUACCAGUUUCCCGUGUCCUCCACCCUACCAGUUUCCCGUGUCCUCCACCCUACCAGUUUCCCGUGUCCACCCUACCAGUUUCCCGUGUCCACCCUACCAGUUUCCCGUGUCCACCCUACCAGUUUCCUGUGUCCUCCAACCUACCAGUUUCCUGUGUCCUCCACCCUACCAGUUUCCCGUGUCCACCCUACCAGUUUCCUGUCGCCCCCUGUGUUUUUGGCUGUCUAA